UUUCGUGUGCAACCAAACUGCCGAGAGUGCCGAGCUUCGUAGCGAGGCAGAGUAGACGAGCGAGAUUUUUUCUUUUCUUUUUUUAGUCGUCUUCCAUUCUAAUUUUCUGUCUUUUUGAACCCUGUCGCCAGUUAAACGUGCCGAAAAUAACCCUGCGUAAAAUGUACGAACGCUUGGCCGUGGAAUAAGGACCCUUUUUUAUUGCGCUGGCGUAGAAAAGAAAAGCCAUCCGAAUCGGACGGCCAGGGAGAGCCGGGGAGGGACCACGGCACACCCGCCGCUAUCGCCACGGGGAGUCGGGGCCCGAGAGGGAGCCUGCCUGCCAGGACCCUUGGCUUAAUGCGACCUGCCUGCUUGUUCGCCUCAGUUGCACUCCGACAUGGGGGAGACCAAAAUUAUCUACCACCUCGACGACCAGGAGACACCCUAUCUGGUGAAACUGUCUGUGCCGGCGGACAAAGUCACUUUGGCAGACUUCAAAAAUGUCCUGAAAAAACCCAAUUACAAGUUCUUCUUCAAAUCUAUGGACGAUGACUUCGGGGUGGUAAAAGAGGAGAUCUCUGACGACAACGCAAAACUGCCCUGCUUUAAUGGACGGGUGGUGUCGUGGCUGGUUUCGGGAGACGGCCCCCACGCAGAUGCCGGUUCGGUGGCAGACUUGGAGGCAGCGCCCCCUUUGGAGAGGACGGGAGGCAUCGGAGACUCUCGACCACCUUCUUACCAUGGGAAAGCAGCAAGCGGUCGGGACAGUUUGGACAACGACACGGAGACGGGCUCUGUGGCGUCGCAACGGAGAGAGAGGGACAAGCCGAGACGCAAGCACGGUGACCACGGCGGUCGGCAGAAUGGGCUCUCGUCACGGCCGGCGGGGCGCGGCGGGCCCGAGUACGACAGCUGCUCCUCUUUCAUGAGCAGCGAGCUGGAGUCCACUUCCUGCUUUGAUUCCGAGGAUGACGACGCUACCAGCAGGUUCAGCAGCUCCACAGAACAGAGUUCCUCUCGUUUAAUGAGACGACACCGCCGCCGCCGACGGAAACCCAAAGCCUCCAAUCUGGACAGAUCGUCAUCGUUCAGCAGCAUAACCGACUCCACCAUGUCUCUCAACAUUAUUACAGUUACUCUCAACAUGGAGAAGUACAACUUCCUGGGCAUCAGUAUUGUGGGCCAGAGCAACGAGAGAGGAGAUGGCGGAAUCUACAUCGGCUCCAUCAUGAAGGGCGGAGCUGUGGCUGCCGACGGACGCAUCGAGCCUGGGGACAUGCUCUUGCAGGUGAACGACAUCAACUUUGAGAACAUGAGCAAUGACGAUGCAGUUCGAGUGCUUCGGGACAUCGUGCACAAGCCUGGUCCAAUAACUUUAACCGUGGCUAAAUGCUGGGACCCAAACCCGCGGAGCUGCUUUGCUCUGCCGAGAAGUGAGCCCAUCCGACCCAUUGACCCUGCGGCGUGGGUGUCGCAUACUGCAGCCAUGACCGGGGUGUAUCCUGCCUACGGUAUGAGCCCCUCCAUGAGCACCGUCACUUCCACCAGCUCCUCCAUCAGCAGCUCCAUUCCAGAAACGGAACGAUUUGAUGACUUCCACCUCUCCGUACACAUGGACAUGGCAACAGUCGCUAAGGCCAUGGCCUGUCCGGAGUCGGGCCUGGAAGUGCGAGACAGGAUGUGGCUGAAGAUCACCAUCGCUAACGCCUUCAUCGGCUCCGAUGUGGUGGACUGGCUCUUCCAUCACGUGGAAGGCUUCACAGAUCGCAGAGAAGCGCGUAAAUACGCCAGCAACCUGCUUAAGGCCGGCUACAUCCGACACACUGUCAAUAAGAUCACCUUCUCGGAGCAGUGCUACUAUGUGUUUGGAGACCUCUGCGGCAAUAUGAGCCACCUGUCUCUCCAUGACCACGACGGUUCCAGUGGGGGCGCCUCAGACCAGGACACCCUCCCCCCUCUGCCUCACCCCGGGGCCGCUCCCUGGCCAAUGCCCUACCAGUUCCCUAUCCCUCACCCCUAUGACCUUCCGCAAACCUUCCCCGGCGGGCCAGCCGCUGGCAGUGCCGGAAGCCAGCACAGCGAAAGCAGCGGCUCAAACUGCAGCAAAAACGAGGGGCGCAAAUCUGGCGGCAGCGGAAGCGAACCGGAGAUUAGGAGCCACCGAGCUCCCAGCGAGCGCUCGGCGGCUCCCCCUAGCGAGCGAAGCGUCCGCAGCUCGCUGAGCCACCGCAGCGCCAACUCCCACUACGGCCAAGGUCUGGUCUACGGCCCCCCCGGCCUGCCCCUGCAGCCGCCUCAUCUGCUCGCAUCCGCCCCCGGAGCCCCCCCGGGUAGGGAGCUGGCCUCGGCCCCUCCCGAGCUCACCGCGUCGCGCCAGUCCCUGCGAAUGUCGGUGGGGAACGCCGGCGAGUUCUUUGUGGACGUGAUGUGACCCGGGUCGGAGAGCGAGCAAAUUAAAUUGUAGCAGAUUGGGGGGGCAAGUUGUUGUCGGCCGGCAGAGGCGAAGCUUGCAGCAGCUGCAUUCCGAGGCCUCCGAUUCCUAAAAGCAUGGAUGCAACCAGUCCUGUUGUGUGUGCUGUGAGAAAAAAAAAUGUUCCGCCUCUUUUGUGCGUCUCUUCUUAGUCAUUGUGGCCAUACUUUCUUCAGUGAAGAAACACUCCUCCUUCCGCAGUUUGCUCAAAUUGGCACCAAAGGGCCCGUCAGUCAGUUUCCGCCUCUCAGUGGGGAAGAGUUUUAGUGCAAGGACAAAAACCAAGAGAGAGGGAAAUGGUGGAAAACAGACAGAUGGGGAGGAUGACUCAGCGGUUUUCCUACGUGGAUGUUUUUCAUUUUGUUUUUCUCUCUGCUGCCUGUCUUCUCUAUCUUAACAUUCUUUGACCCCAUCCCCCUUGUUCCCCACCAGGGUCAGAACUGAGGGGGGGAAAGGGGGGGCUUUGGCUUCCUUCACUAAUAAAACACGACGUCGGCUUGAACACUAACUUGUUCAUACUUAAAUGUUUGCUUGACUUAUGAGAGACAGAAAAUAAUUUGAGAAUCUCAGUCGUUCUUACUGUCAGAAUGUUUGAUCAUGUUUGUUAGUUGAUCACAAUUGAUUUUAUUUUACAGUGCAAAACAUGAGCCUCAAGUUCAAGUCAUUUAUACACCACAUUAAUUAUAUUUCCAUCUGUUAACCCAAGCAUUUUUAGUUUGUCUUGUUGCGAUGGAUAGUGAUAAGAAAAAUCUUACCAUGUCUCUCCCACUACUCGUUUAUCAAGGAAAUGCCUUUUUAUUUAUAAAUAUAGUUUUAUGACUUCA